AUGGUUGGGAAAACCACCACCGUGGGCCUGUUUUUCAAGUGCUCUAGGGCAUUCUCUACAGUUGGUUCAGUGAGAAGUGAAUUUGACACAGACAAGAUAUGUGGUUUUGGGACUGCCCGCUGCCGGAGGAGUUGUAAAACAGAGGAAUCCAGCAUUGGAAUAUGCCCCAAUGUCUAUGCAUGCUGUUUGAAAAAGAUGAACACCAACCCACUGAAUCCUGUGACACACUGA